CUCAGAGCGCAGCUUCACUCUGUAGCUGACAGCAAUGCUCAUAGCUGCUUCUGUUACGGUAAACAGGGCAAGCGCGUGGAAGACUUAAUGUCAAGGAAAGCUGUUAACCAGACAGGAAUGCGUCAGAACAUGAUGAAAAGGAGGUUAAGCGUUUCAAACUGGUGUCAAAACAGUCCGAUAUCCUGUAGAGCGUGCAGGUGCAAGCCUGCCCGGGCUGUUCCCAUGGAGACAAAUGCGCAUGAUGUGCUAGAUGAUUCUUGUCCAACAGAGCCACUCAACGGUGGUUUCAUACAAAGACACUGACAGCAUUCUGACUAUCACAUCCAGUUGAGGUCUUUUAGAAGAAAACAAUAUACACAUAUAAUGAAAAAAUGAACAUUGGACUAAUGUCGGUCAGAGGGGAUUGCCUCGUGCAUGUGGCCACCAUACAGGAAGCUGGCCUAACAGAUGCUCCCCUGCCAGACGGCCAGUAUGACUGAGGGGGUGGAGGGCCUCCAGAUGCCGACUCAAAGGCCCCAGCACAGGCACAGCACGGGGGACACGGUUGUCUUCAGGAGGGGCAGCACAGAGGCAGCCCAGGGCCUCAGGGGUCCAGAGUCCCGGUGCUCUCAGACGCUGGAUGGAGAGGAACACGGGACCAUGAGAAGCACCGACAGUGGUUCAGAUGAGCAGAAGGAUCCGGCCGAUCAGAGGGUUUUCCCUGCGGGCCGUCCGGAAGGGCAGGAGGAUGGGGUGACUAAGCAUGGCCAACAGGUGGCCCCAGACGGAGGCUGGGGUUGGGUGGUGCUGGUGGGUACCGUCUUGGUCCUGGCUCUAACACUGGCCUUUCCCUCCUGCCUUGGCAUCUUCUUCACUGAGCUGCAGACAGAGUUUAACACCAGCAACACAGAGACGUCCUGGGUGCCAGCUAUAAUGACUGCAGUGCUGCAUGCAGGCGGUCCACUAUGCAGCGUGCUCGUGGAACGCUUCGGUUGCCGAGCGACAGUUAUGGUGGGCGGGGUCCUGAGUGGGCUGGGAAUGGUGGUCAGUGCCUUGGCCAGAACCAUCACAGAAUUAUACAUCACUGCCAUCAUCACAGGGUUGGGGUUCUGCCUGUCGUUCCAGCCCUCGGUGACGAUGAUGGGACACUACUUUGUGCGUCGCCGUGUCUUUGCCAAUGCCUUGUCGUCCACCGGAACAGCACUGGGGCUGAGCACCCUGCCGCUGCUGUCCAAUUACCUGCUCAGCCAGUUUGGCUGGCGGGGAAGCUUCCUGGUCCUGGGAGGGGUGCUUUUCAACUGCUGCGUGUGCGGGGCUGUGAUGAGACCUCUGACCGCCAGACCAGGACCAACCAAGCCGAAAUCCUCCGCGUGGCCCGCCAACCCGGCCAAUCAGCUUCGGGAGAGGGAGGGGCUGAAGGUUCGGCUGAGGACCACCUUCUCUGACCUCACGGCCUUCCUGAGGCACCACAUGGCCUUUGACCUGCUGGUCAGCAACGUCCGCUACCGCGCCUACGCCCUGGGGGUGACCUGGAUGAUGCUGGGGUUCGUGGUGCCCCUGGUCUUCCUGGUCCCCUAUGCCACUGACCAUGGCAUAGAGCAGGACCGCGCUGCUCUGCUCAUGGCCAUCCUGGGCCUGGUCAACAUCGCCGUGAGGCCCGUGGUGGCCCUCCUCCUAGGCCUGCCCCGGUUCCAGGGCAGCGGCUGCUUCGUGUACGUGUUCGCCGCGGCCGUGCUGGUGAACGGGCUCAGCAACGCCGUCUGCGGCGCGUCGGCCAGCUUCCCGGUGCUCGUGGCGUACGUGGUGCUCUUCGGCCUGUCCAUGAGCGUGAUUGGCUCGCUGCUGUUCACCGUGCUGAUGGAGACGGUGGAGAUGAGCCGCUUCCCCUCCGCCCUGGGGCUCAUCAGCAUGCUGGAGAGCGGCAUGCUGCUAGUGGGGCCGCCCCUCGCAGGCAUAUUGGUGGACAGCACUGGCCAGUACUCGUACGUGUUCUACGCCUGCUGUGUGUCUGUGUCCUCAGCUGGUCUCUUUCUCAUGGCCUCUUUUUACUGGCUGGACAGACAAGAUAAGAAGAAGAAGAAGAAACCGUCAGCCCCUGCUUACCCACAGAAGCCUGCUCUUAUCCUGGCCCCUGACUGCCAUUAUAGCCAUAUACAUUCACAAGCAGGGAAAGCAUCAGACACGGUUUACGUCACCAAUGUGUGACAAAUGGACACACACACACACAUACUGUACACUGUACAGUAUCAACACAUCAGUGGUGUAUUAGAGUACCUAUAAACCAGAUUCAAGUACAGUCGAGAUACCUUACUAGGUCACUAGGGAACAAAGUUACAAGUCACCCAUUACAAUACCGCUUCAUUAAGUGUUUAAGUAUUGGAUUUUAACAGUAUUUAAGUAUCAAAAGAUACUCACAACACAACACAGAUGUCCACAGAGUUUGUUUUCGCAAUGAAACAUCCAUCACCUCGCAAUUUUACUUUACAUUUCCAAUAUACAGGCUGACAAAUGUGUGACACUUCUUGAUUCACUUGUAGUAUUGAUAUAGGAAAAAUUAAAUCUGAAAAAGAAAGAAAAUAGUUUUAUACUUCAAGUACGGGGGUGUUAAAAUAAGAGGGCUAAGUACUAAGCUGUACCAAAGAUACUUUUGGCACAAAAUGGCCUCGUAGCCCAGACACGCAUCUCACAUGUUCAGUUACCUUCACCACCCCUGUACAAGAAUAAUGACCAGUUCAGACACACUGUUGUAUUAGCAAAGUCAGGGGAUGGAAUUUAUAGUGAAUAGAAAAAACAAAGAUAACGUGGCCAACAGUUGUUCAUUAUUCAAUCAGGCGGAUACAACAUCAUAGCCACAGUGUUUUUAGGAAGGGUUACCAUAUGAGGACUCCUAGAAGCUAGGCCUGACUACUGGUAGUAACUGCACAGGACUGUCAUUGAUACACAAUAUUGAUUACAGGAAGAACACACGAGUUAAGAUACAAUGAACAGAUGGCAAUAGCUAAGUAACUGAUUGUAUUUCAUAUAAACACAUAGGAAAUCUUUGAUUUUUCCUGAAAUUUUGAGGCAUUGAUAACGGUAUGUGUGUGCAUACACACACACCGCAUUGGCUUACAUUUAGUCAUUUAGCAGACGCUCUUAUCCAGAGCGACUUACAGUAAGUACAGGGACAUUCUCCCCGAGGCAAGUAGGGUGAAGUGCCUUGCCCAAGGACAUAGUCAUUUGGCACGGCCAGGAAUCGAACCAACAACCUUCUGAUUAACAGCCCAACUCCCUAACCGCUCAGCCAUCUGACCCCCUCACACUUACACUGUGGACCUGGAAGGCACAUGUUCAGUCACAUGCCAAAAGCUCCUCCCCUCGUGUUCCUGUAUUUAUCCAUCUCUCUAUUUCUGUCUAUAGACAGGGAGUUGUUCCUGUUGUACUUCAGCUUCUGCCCAAGGGUCAUAGAACUACUGAACAUUCCUCAAUCUAUUCAUGAUAGUAAUGCUGUUUAAGACGGUCAAAAUGAGAGUAAAUCCCCUAAAUCUAAAAUGUUGAACUGAAUAUCCACAUUAAUGGGAAUAUUAGAUUUUUUCUAAUUUAUGUUGGCCAUAUCCUGUGAAAUGGUAUAAAAUUGUGUUAGAAUAUGUGUCAUUUAAAAGCAUUUCAUAGUAUGUUCAUUCAUGAGUUGUCAGUUAGGAACACAGCAGUAUUACAAACUAUGUAUCAGGGUAUAAGUGCACUCAGAAAAAAUGACUGGAAUCAUGGCCUUGUGCUAUGAAUGUAAAAUGUAGAAUGUUUAAUGAAUGUAUUCCUCAGUAAGUUGUAUAGAUGGAUUCAUAUAAAUGAAGUGGUAGCCUUAUGUAAAAAAAAAAAAAAGGACCGAAAUAUUUUUUUUAUUAGUUUUAACUUAUUCUUGAAUAUUUUAACACUGUUCCAUCUAAAAUGUUUACACAAUAUUAAAACUGUUUUUAUGAUAAGCGGA